GGUUGAAGGCCGAACUGUAAACAUCCGGAAGCGUCCGCUUAGCAACGGUCACUGUUAGGAAACUUUAAGGAUCUGUCACCCUUAGCAGACUUUAUCUUCCAGUAAUAUAUAAAAAGUAUCUGAUGAUUCUUAAUCUUUUUUAUUCGGACUUGUUUGGUUGGUUUAAGCGGUUCUGGCAGCUUGGUUCGUCAGUUCGGUUUGUUUACGUGUUGAAUCAGCUGACGGGCUAACUAACGUUAGCCAGCCGGAGUCACAUGAGUUGUUAAUGAGACACCAGCGGUGUGUCCUCCGGUGAAGCAGCUGACCCCCAGGUAUAGAUCAGCUGUAACAGAAGCGGGCCAUGGCAGAGCAACCGAUCUAGGAGCUAAAGGCUUUUAGCUCCAGACUGCUGUGUUUGUCUGUGGAUCAGGGGCCUCUCUGCGGGCCGACAUGCCCUGCUCCUGUGGGGACUGGAGGAGGUGGAUCCGCCCGCUGGUCGUUCUGCUCUACAUCCUGCUGCUCAUCGUCGUCCUGCCGUUUUGCAUCUGGGAACUGCAGAAAUCCGAGGUUGGAACUCAUAACAAAGCAUGGUUCAUUGCUGGGAUUUUUGUUUUUAUGACCAUACCGAUAUCGUUAUGGGGAAUCCUCCAGCACCUGGUGCACUACACCCAACCAGACCUGCAGAAACCCAUCAUCAGGAUAUUAUGGAUGGUCCCAAUCUACAGCUUGGACAGCUGGAUCGCGCUGAAAUACCCCAGUAUAGCCAUUUAUGUGGACACAUGCAGAGAGUGCUACGAGGCCUACGUCAUCUAUAACUUCAUGACUUUCCUGCUCAACUACCUGGAACGGCAGUAUCCCAGCUUGGUGAUGAUGCUGGAGGUCCAGGAGCAGCAGAAGCAUCUCCCCCCACUCUGCUGCUGUCCACCAUGGCCGAUGGGAGAGGUCCUGCUGCUGCGCUGUAAACUGGGGGUGCUCCAGUACACGGUGGUCAGACCCGUCACCACGGUGAUUGCCCUAAUCUGCCAGCUGUGCGGCGUUUACGACGAAGGCAACUUCAACUUUCGGAACGCCUGGACCUACCUGGUGAUUUUCAACAACAUGUCCCAGCUGUUUGCCAUGUACUGCCUGGUUCUGUUCUACCGGGCUCUGAGGGACGAGCUCGGUCCCAUCAAGCCAGUGGGGAAGUUCCUCUGCGUGAAAAUGGUGGUGUUUGUCUCUUUUUGGCAAGCUGUGCUGAUCGCCGUGUUGGUUAAAGUGGGAAUCAUCUCUGAGAAACGGACCUGGGACUGGCAGAGCGUGGAGGCAGUCGCCACUGGCUUACAGGACUUUGUCAUCUGCGUGGAGAUGUUCCUGGCGGCCAUCGCCCACCACUUCAGCUUCAGCUAUAAGCCUUACAUCCAGGACGCAGAGGAGGUCUCCUGCUUUGACUCCUUCAUGGCCAUGUGGGACAUCUCGGACGUCAGAGCAGAUAUUUCUGAACAAGUCCGCAACGUUGGACGGACCGUCAUGGGUCGACCCAAGAAGUCCUACUUCAGCGAGGCGCAGAGUGACGGCGAGCGAUCAGGGCUCCUGGCGUCGGCAUCUCAAGACGCCAUCACGGACCAGGGCCAGUAUGAAGGCCUGGGACGGACCCCGGCUCCACAUUCCCUGUCGGCUCCGGCAGGGUUGGACUCAGCCGCUUGGGAAGAAGAGAUCCAGAGCGGAACCGGCCCAACCCAAGACAGUGGAAGAUCGGACCGUAGCCAAGAACCAGAGCAGGAGGAUCUCCUCGUCAUCACUUAGGUCGGACUCGACUGGGCCGGUCCCAGUUCCAGAACUACCCGACUUUAAAGGAAUGAAAACGGACCGAGAUGAACAGGAAUGUUCUGUUAAAGACGACAUGAAGAAUGUUCUAGGAAGGGUUUGGUUCUACACGGCUGCUUCCUCACAAACAUCUGUAUUUUUUCUCUUGUGCC